AUGGCGAGUUAUGUGACCAAUCCGGCACCUACAAAUCGUCCAGUUCGGGUCUACGCGGAUGGAGUGUAUGAUUUAUUACAUGUGGGUCAUAUGCGGCAGUUGGAACAGGCAAAGAAAUGUUUUCCGAAUGUGGUACUGAUAGUGGGGGUUGCUUCAGAUGAAGACACACACAAGUAUAAGGGGCGGACAGUACAGACUAUGCAAGAGCGUGUGGAGACGUUGGAGCAUAUAAAGUGGGUUGAUGAGAUUAUUGCGCCUUGUCCUUGGUUGUUAACGCCGGAGUUUUUGGAACAACACGCGAUCGAUUACGUUGCCCACGACGAUAUUCCCUACGAGUCCGUUAACAGUGAUGACAUCUAUGACUGGGUCAAGAAGGCAGGCAAAUUCAAGGCCACACAAAGAACAGAAGGUACAAGUACCACCGACAUUAUCGUACGUAUCCUACAAAACUAUGAGGACUAUAUCUAUCGAAGUCUGAGUCGCGGUGUCAGACCUGAGGAAUUGAAUAUUGGUACUCUCAAAGCGAAUCAAAUACAAAUGAAAAAGAAGGUUCAAAACUGGCAGAAAAAAGCUACUGAGAAUCUCACCAAAGUUACUCUCACAGAACGACCACUUGGAACCACCUUUGACGAACGGGUGGAUAAGGUCCGAGACCAAAUCUAUGAUCAGUAUCUUCAGUGGCGACAAACUUAUCAAUCGUUUGUCCACGGUUUUGCAAAGACCUUUGACCCGCGUAAUCACAGGGCCAGGAAUGGGAUGAUGUUGGAGCCGAAGCCAAGUGACACGCAGUUUCAGGAUUGCCAGGAAUUGACUGAUGAGGAAGAAGAACAGCGGCAAGACACAAGAAGAGACUAG